UCCCUCUUUACGCGACACCAAUUUUUCACUCCCAAAACCAUAAAUCUCCAAUUUCAGACAAAAUCAUCUGAAAUUUCGAAAAUUCGACACGAAUUCUACAGAUAUCUCCAUGGCUCUUCAAGCAGCUACGUUGUUUCCCUCUACUCGUUGCCUUUCGAAAGAGAAUAAGGGAAUUGCAAUUAAAGAGACAUCUCUCUUUGGAGCUGCGUUGCCGGCAGGAAUUAAAGCUGAAUUUAGCCCAUCUUUGUACAAGGAGUUGAGGAAAAAGGUAUCAAAUGGAGCAAUCAGGGCACAAACAGCAGCCACAGCUCCUGCCGUGAACCAGGCCUCCUCCGAGGCGAAGAAAACCCUACGCAAGGGCUGCGUUGUCAUCACUGGCGCCUCAUCGGGGCUAGGCCUUGCUGCAGCCAAGUCCCUGGCCGAGACCGGGAAAUGGCACGUGAUCAUGGCGUGCCGGAACUUCCUCAAGGCCGAGCAGGCUGCAAAGUCGCUCGGCAUUGCCAAGGAGAACUACACCGUGAUGCACCUCGACCUCGCCUCCCUCGACAGUGUCCGCCAGUUUGUCGAGACGUUCCGCCGCUCCGAGAGGCCUUUGGAUGCUCUAGUAUGCAAUGCUGCGGUUUACCUCCCGACAGCGAAAGAGCCGACUUUUACGGCUGAGGGCUUCGAGCUGAGCGUCGGCACCAACCAUCUCGGCCAUUUUUUGCUCGCCCGCCUCCUUCUCGAUGACUUCAAGAAGUCGGACUUCCCACAGAAGCGCCUCAUCAUCGUUGGCUCCAUUACAGGGAACACCAACACUUUGGCUGGGAAUGUGCCUCCCAAGGCGAAUCUUGGUGAUCUGAGGGGGCUUGCCGGAGGUCUGAACGGUGUUGGAAGCUCCUCCAUGAUCGAUGGUGGUGAAUUUGACGGGGCGAAGGCCUACAAAGACAGCAAGGUUUGCAACAUGCUGACGAUGCAGGAGUUCCACAGGCGCUACCAUGAAGAAACCGGCAUCAGCUUCGCCUCACUCUACCCUGGCUGCAUAGCCGAGACCGGUCUGUUUAGGAACCAUAUUCCCCUGUUCAGGAUUCUGUUUCCACCAUUUCAGAAGUACAUCACAAAGGGCUACGUGUCGGAGAAAGAAGCCGGAGACAGGCUUGCACAGGUGGUGAGUGAUCCGAGCCUGUCGAAAUCGGGGGUGUACUGGAGCUGGAACAGCACCUCAGCCUCGUUCGAGAACCAGCUGUCCAAAGAGGCGAGUGAUGCAGAGAAGGCGCGAAAGCUGUGGGAGGUGAGCGAGAAGCUCGUUGGGCUGGCUUGAUGCGGUGUCGGACAGUUGAGGAGGCAGUUAGUUAAUGAUGAGCAACAAGUGGGGAAAAACCAGUCUCACCUUCAUUCGAACAUUGUCCAGAAUUAAUGUUUUACUGUUAAAGAAAUUAGCAUGCGUGAGCAAAUGAGUUGUUACAGAGAUGCAGAAAACAAGAUGAUCCCUUAUUCAAAGGCAAUGGGGCAGUGCCCUCUCUGUAAACAUGUGAGUUUUUUUUUGUACUUGCUUAAUGGAGAAAACGUUGCUAUU